AUGGAGGGAGCACUUGUCACCUCCAACUUCAGCAUGCCUGAUCUCUACCCUGCCAAAGCCAAUGCUGCUCAUGCUGCGAGAUCGAGGAGGCUCUCCUACAUCUCCCCCGCUGCCUCUUCUGCUGCUGCUCCGAACCCCAGCUACAGAAGGAGGAAGGGCACGUCGCCCCCGCCGCCGUGGGCUGCCGCCACCGCCACCGUCCUCACCUCGCCGCCCAAGCCGGUCGAGCAACAAGAAACGGAAGAGCACCUGGUCGACACGUCCGUGAACAAUGCAACUGGUACACGAGUUGCUACCGCGAGAACGAGCAGGGCAUCCGAUGCGCCGCGCCAGGCGGCUCGGUCGUCCAGGCCUCGCCGCCGGCCCGUCACUUCGCUACAGGCGGCGUUCUGCAACGCGCUGGAGGAGGCGAUCAACACGUUCGUCGACCCGCCGGUGCUGCGUCCGUCGGUGGACCCGCGGCACGUGCUGUCCGCCAACUUCGCGCCCGUGGACGAGCUGCCGCCCACGCCCUGCCCCGUGGUGCGCGGCGUCAUCCCGCGCUGCCUCGCCGGCGGCGCCUACAUCCGCAACGGGCCCAACCCGCAGCAUCUCCCGCGCGGGCCGCACCACCUCUUCGACGGCGACGGCAUGCUGCACUCCCUGCUCCUCCCGACGGCGCCCGACUCCGACCCCGUCCUCUGCUCCCGCUACGUGCAGACGUACAAGUACAUCGUGGAGCGCAACGCGGGCGAGCCGGUCUUGCCCAACGUCUUCUCCGGCUUCCACGGCCUGGCCGGGAUGGCGCGCGGCGCCGUCACGGCGGCCAGGGUGCUGACAGGCCAGAUGAACCCGAUGGAGGGCGUGGGGCUCGCCAACACCAGCCUCGCCGUCUUCGGCGGCCGCCUCUACGCACUCGGCGAGUCGGACCUCCCGUACGCCGUGCGCGUCGACCCGGCCACCGGUGAGGUGACCACGCUCGGCAGGUGCGACUUCGGUGGCCGCCUCAGCAUGGGCAUGACCGCGCACCCCAAGAAGGACCCCAUCACCGGCGAGCUCUUCGCGUUCCGCUACGGCCCCAUGCCGCCGUUCGUCACCUAUUUCCGGUUCGACCCUGCAGGGAACAAGGGCGCCGACGUGCCCAUCUUCUCCGUGAAGCAACCGUCUUUCCUGCACGACUUCGCCGUGACGGAGCAUUAUGCGAUAUUCCCGGAGAUACAAAUCGUGAUGAACCCCAUGGGCAUGGUGGUGGGCGGCGGCUCGCCCGUCGGGGCGGACCCCGGCAUGGUGCCUCGCCUCGGCGUGAUCCCCAAGUACGCCGCGGACGAGUCGGAGAUGCGGUGGUUCGAGGUGCCGGGGUUCAACAUGAUGCACUCGGUGAACGCGUGGGAGGAGGCCGGCGGCGACGAGAUCGUGAUGGUGGCACCCAACAUCCUGUCCAUCGAGCACACGCUGGAGCGCAUGGAGCUGAUCCACGCCUCCGUGGAGCUGGUGCGCAUCAACCUCCGCACCGGCAACGUCACACGCACGCCGCUCGCGGCGGCGAACCUCGACUUCGGGGUGAUCAACCCGAGCUGCCUCGGCCGCCGCAACCGCUACGGCUACUUCGGUGUUGGCGACCCCAUGCCCAAGAUCGGCGGGGUGGCCAAGCUCGACUUCGACCGCGCUGGCCACGGCGACUGCACCGUGGCGCGCCGGGACUUCGGGCCGGGGUGCUUCGCCGGGGAGCCGUUUUUCGUCCCUGAUGACGUCGAGGGGAACGGCGACGAGGACGACGGCUACGUGGUGUGCUACGUGCACGACGAGGGCACCGGCGACAACAGGUUCGUGGUGAUGGACGCGCAGUCGCCCGACCUGGACAUCGUCGCCGAGGUGCAGCUUCCCUCCCGCGUCCCCUACGGCUUCCACGGCCUAUUCGUCACUCAGGCCGAGCUCCGGUCACAGCACCAAUGA